CGCUUCUUCUCCGAUCCAUUCCAAAUCUCUCUCUCUCGUUUUCAAGUUUUCGUUUGGAUCAUUUCGCCGUUAUGGUGAAGCUGAGACAGUCGCAGAGAUUUCAGACGAGGAGAUGGUCGACGUUAAUGCUGGUUCUGUUGAUGCUUUUCAUGUUAACGAUCGUUCUCUUGAUGCUUUUGUCUUUUGGUGUUUUCUCUCUUCCGAUUAAUAACUACGACGAAUCUUAUCCGAACGAUCUCUCUUCUUUCCGACGAGCUGCAAUUGACAGAAGUGAGGGACUUGGGAAGAGAGGAGAUCAAUGGACUGAGAUUCUUUCUUGGGAGCCAAGAGCUUUCCUCUACCACGGUUUCUUGUCGAAGGAAGAAUGUGAAUAUUUAAUCAGUCUUGCAAAACCACAUAUGGUGAAGUCAACUGUUGUUGAUAGCCAAACCGGCAAGAGCAAAGAUAGCAGGGUGCGAACAAGCUCAGGGACUUUCCUUAGGAGAGGAAGAGAUAAAGUCAUUAAGACGAUUGAGAAAAGAAUUGCUGAUUAUACCUUUAUUCCAGCAGAACAUGGAGAAGGACUUCAGGUUCUUCAUUACGAAGAAGGGCAGAAGUAUGAACCUCACUAUGAUUACUUUGUUGACGAGUUCAAUACUAAGAAUGGAGGUCAACGCAUGGCUACAGUGCUCAUGUAUCUGUCGGAUGUUGAAGAAGGCGGCGAAACGGUGUUCCCUGCUGCCAAAAUGAAUUUCAGUUCUGUGCCAUGGUAUAAUGAGCUCUCUGAGUGUGGGAAAAAGGGACUUUCCGUUAAGCCGAGAAUGGGUGAUGCAUUGCUCUUCUAUAGCAUGAGGCCUGAUGCUACACUAGAUCCCUCAAGCUUGCAUGGUGGAUGUCCUGUGAUUAAAGGGAACAAAUGGUCAUCUACCAAAUGGAUGCAUGUCGGCGAGUACAAAAUCUAGCGUGUUUGAUUACUGUAUACUGUUUCGUAGAUGGUGGAUGAAAUGCAACUUUAGAACCAGAAAUUGCAAGAGAGAUGUUUGUUUAGUCUUUUUUUGUCCCUGCGGCUCAGUGUAUUGGUCAGCAUCCUUCUUUGUUUUGAUGGGAUUCAGAGGUUUGUAUAUGUAGAGAAUACCAAAAGAUGGAACUUGUUAGACUAAAUUAGGAUGGAUUAGAGAUACUCUUGCUCAUUGGGGUAUACGUACCAUCAGCUUACGUCUGUCAUUUGAUGUGAAUUAUUAUGACAUUAUCAUAUAUACAAACUGUUGUUAUCUUUAUAGAAAAGCUGAUUUGUU